AUGUCUCCAUUUCAAGCUUUAUAUGGCCAUCUUCCUCCACAUAUGGUGUUUCCAUCUGUUGUCACAACUUUCGUAGCUGCUGUGGAGACAUACCUCAAAGAAAGAGAAGCAAUGAUUGAUAUUCUUAAGGAAUCUCUACACAAAGCUCAAGAAAGGAUGAAAUUAUUUGCAGAUAAGACAAGGAAAGACAAAACCUUUGCAGUGGGUGACUUGGUGUAUCUGAAACUCCAACCUUACAGGCAGGCUUCAGUUUCAUUGAGAAAGAAUUUCAAGUUGUCUGCAAAGUUCUAUGGACGUUUUCCUAUUUUACAAAAAAUUAGACCAGUGGCCUACAAGUUACAGCUCCCAGAUCAGGCUAGGAUUCACCAUGUCUUUCAUGUGUCCCAACUGAAGCAACACAUUAGUAAGAAGCACACCCCUCUCCUACCUUGCCUAUUGUUGAUCAUGCAGGUGAAUUAA